GUUUGAAUGGAUUAUUUCACUUUUUGUGCUCGUUCUGUUGUGUCCGAUUUAUUCGCUGCUGGGUGAAAUUUUUGUUUUCAAUUAAUUUUCAGUUUUAUUUCCAAUAAGAAAAAAACCUUAUAAUUGAAAACUUCAGCAGAAAAAAAUAUUUUUGAAAGCCAAUUGAAAUUUUUACAGCACCAAGGGAACCAUUCGAAUUUAUAUUCCGCUUACAACAACCAUCAAAAAUGUGCCUUUAAAAUACCAGAAACUCUGAAUUUCAACUAAUUUGUCUUGUUAUUCUAAGCGCAUUUCCUUGAUAUUUAUCGGCUGAAAUGGCGCGAGUUGCUGUUUUUUUUGUCGUCCUUCUGGCAUUAUUAAGAUAUGGCGACGCUGAUGCAAAUCCUGACGCACAAAUUAACGAGCCACAAACAUAUCAACCCACAUACAACAAAGAAUAUCAACCCCGUUAUAAUCCUCUUUAUACGAAUACUCAGCAAGGGUCACCGGUUUCACAAUACGACAAUCCACUAAUAUCAUCUCAAAAAGAUCUACAAAACCCCCAACAGGGGGGUGGUGGCUUACUGGUUGGUCCGCCAAACCAAAAUAACUUUUAUGAUCAGUCAUCGAACGCUUUAGGUAGUGGUAAUACUGGAGGCAUAUAUGGGACAGGCGGUAGUGGUAUAAGUAACUAUGAUCCGUUCAACCGUGGAAUCACAUCAACCAGCUUUGACUAUAUAGACAAUGAAGUGCAAAAUUACUGCCCAGAGCAUUGGAUAUCUUUUCGCCAAACUUGCUACAGAUUCAUACGUUCGCCAAAACGUAACUGGCUAGAAGCAAAGAAAAUUUGUAAAGCCUACAAUGCCGAGCUGUUAAAUGUAGAUAGUGUUGAAAAACAUUCUUUUAUACUGAAACAAUUGAUAAUACAGAAUCAACGCCAGAACCGAUUUUGGAUAUCCGCAAGACAGACUGGACCCAAUAGCUGGGCAAACGAUGAUAAUUCACCAUUCCUCGUGUUGGAAGACGCAUUUGCUUUUGAUGAAGAUCAAUCGUUUGAAAACGAAAAUUUACACGACAAUCGAUUCUUAGUCCAGAACAUGUACCAGACUGACUAUAAUCGCAAUAAUCCCAAUCAGUUCUACAAUACUGUGCCAGGCUCUAUUAAUAGUCGGAAUCAAAACAAUUUGCGUGGAUUUAUUGGACCAAACCAGAAUGGAGAUAACCCAUUUACCAGAGAUCGUGUCGUUUAUGGAUUUUCAAAGAAACGCGAUCGUUGGACAUUCAUGCCUGCAUAUGACAUAGAAUUGAACUUAUUCAUCUGCGAGUCAAAAGUACUAUAUAAUCCUGAAAAUAUCAAGUUGAAAUUAGAUGACAAGCGUCCAUUUCAUUACGGCUUAGAUAUUAAAGAUUUGGAAAAAAUUCCACGCGGUCCUUACUUUGUAAAACAGCCAAAUGACACGACAUUCGAUACGAGCAAGAAUCGACUUAUAAACGAUGUUACGUUGAGUUGUUUGGCAGGCGGAUUUCCCACACCCACAUACCGCUGGUAUCGCGAAGUCUACGUAAAUGAUUCACUUGAAUAUAUGACUAUUGAUCCAUUAACUAAUGACCGCUAUACGAUUUCUGGAGGUAACCUGAUAAUUUACGAUCCAAAACAAGCACUCGAUCAAGGUGCUUACCAUUGUGUUGCGGAAAACAAAUUUGGACGCAUACGUUCCGAGAGUGCACAUUUGAAUUUUGGAUUUAUUAUGGAGUUCAAUCUGAAACGCUCGGCCGAAACUGCUGAUAUGAAUUGGGGCAAAGCUAUAUUUUGUGACCCACCACAACAUUACCCAGAUGUAAAAUACUAUUGGGCGCGCGAUUAUUUUCCGAAUUUCGUUCAAGAAGAUCAGCGUGUUUUUGUUUCUAAUGAUGGUGCUUUAUAUUUCUCAUCCAUAGAGGUAGUUGAUCGCGCUAAUUAUUCAUGUAGUGUACAGACAUCAGUUUCCGAUACUGGCCGCAAUGGUCCAUUUUUCCCAUUGCGUGUAACGCCCAACAGCAAUUAUCAAACGUUAAUUUUUGCAAACACAUUCCCAAAGGUGUUCCCCGAAGCUCCCAUUGCUGGCGAUGAGAUACGCCUCGAAUGUGUCGGUUUUGGGUAUCCUAUACCUUCGUAUAAUUGGACUAGAGUCGGCCAACCUCUACAGCGUAAUGCGUAUACCAUAAGCAAUAGUCGCGUGCUAAUUAUUGAGAAUGCAACAACUAACGAUAAUGGAGAAUAUACCUGCACAAUUUCCAAUCCGCGCAAAACUAUACAUAAAUCGAUUAUCAUCAAUAUACAAAUGAAGCCACAAUUUACAAUUCCAUUACAAGAUAAAAUAAUGGAUAAUAACGGCGACGUGACAUUUAUUUGCGAGGCAUUUGCAAUACCUGAUGUCAAUUAUACUUGGUAUAAAAAUGCGGAACGCCUAGAUGCUGAGCGCAUAGAUAAAGAUCGCUAUAUAAUACAGGACAAUGUGCUUACUGUCAAAUACUUGGAGGCGGACAAGGAUGACGGCAUGUACCAGUGCGGUGCGACGAACCAAUUGAAAACUGCAUUCUCCUCAGCCCAAUUACGAGUACUAUCAAUGAAACCUUCAUUCAAGAAAAGACCACUUGAACCAGAGAUUUAUGCUGUGCAAAACGGUAACACGACCAUCGUAUGCGACCCCGAAGCAGCACCACGUCCUAAAUUCCAAUGGAAGAAAGAUGGUCAACUUAUCGGUGCUGGGGGACAUAGGCGCAUUUUACCCAGUGGUACGUUGAUAAUAGCGCCGACUUCACGGGACGAUGAGGGUUUAUACACAUGCGUUGCAACUAAUAAAGCGGGGACAGAUGAGUCACGCUCUCGAGUAAUUGUGUUACAGGAGCUGCGUUUCACACAGACACCUCCAUUGCGCAUUACCACGCAAGAGCACGAUUUGAUUUUCCUUCAAUGUGACGCUAGCUAUGAUGAGUUGCUUGAUGUCGCUUUUGUGUGGAAACGUAAUGGCGAAACAUUGCGAAACAAUCAUGAUGGCACUGAACGUAUUAUAAUUGACCGUAAUCGACUCACCGUACAUAAUGUAACAUUGCUUGACGGUGGUGACUAUGAAUGUGUGGUGAAAUCUUCAGUGAAUGAGAUAGCAUCUAGAACUUCUGUUGUAAUAGAAGGUGCUCCUGGUGCGCCUGGUGGUGUACAAGUUAUUGAAAUUGGUAAAACGAAAGCGAUAAUUGAAUGGGUAGAUGGCGCCAACAACGGACGGCCUAUACGCUACUAUAAUAUACUAGGACGCACCAAUUGGAAUCGAACCUGGGUGAAUGUGUCCACAAGUGUUCGUGGUCGUGAGGUAGACCGAUAUACUGGCCGACAGCAGGCAGAGGUUUCCAAUCUCAUACCGUGGUGCUCGUACGAAUUUAGCGUAGCUGCUGUUAAUGACUUGGGUAUAGGUAUACCAUCGGCUCCGUCGCCAAUUUACAGCACAUACGAAGACAAGCCAUAUAUAGCACCGCGUAACGUAGGUGGUGGUGGUGGUAAGAUUGGAGAUUUGACAAUUACAUGGGAUCCACUCUUGCCACAAGAACAACAUAGUCAUGGCAUACAUUACAAAGUGUUCUGGAAGCUGAGAGGCACGUUAGAAUGGGCCUCCGAGGAGCUAAAAUCUUUGCAAAACGAUGGUGUAGCGGUUGUUAAUAUACCACAAAAUAACUAUUAUACUGAAUAUGAGGUGAAAGUGCAGGCCAUUAACAAUAUCGGUAAGGGUCCCGAGAGUGAACCAGUAGUUAUAUACUCGGCGGAAGAUAUGCCACAAGUGGCUCCACAAAAACCAUUUGCUAUACCUUUCAAUUCCACGGCUUUCAAUGUUACAUGGCAACCGAUCGAAAUGACCAGGGAGAAUGUGCGCGGUAAAUUGAUAGGGCACAGAUUGAAAUACUGGAAGACUACACAUAAUGAAGAGGAUUCUGUAUACUAUCUGUCGCGUACUACAAGAAAUUGGGCUCUAAUUGUCGGUCUGCAACCAGAUACAUAUUACUUUGUAAAAGUGAUGGCUUAUAAUGCUGCAGGCGAGGGACCAGAAAGUGAACGUUUCGAAGAGCGAACGUACCGCAAGGCGCCUCAAAAGCCGCCAUCAUCAGUGCACGUGUAUGGCAUAAACCCUUCGACUGUGCGUGUGGUAUGGCGUUAUGUAUCACCAGCACAGGAUGAAGAGCCCAUCGAGGGCUAUAAGGUGCGCGUAUGGGAGAGCGAUCAAAAUAUGAUUACAGCUAAUAACACAAUCAUUCCUGUUGGUGAAAAGUUGGAGGCAUACAUAACGAAUCUUACCCCAGGCAAAAGCUAUAAUAUGCGUGUACUGGCCUUCAGUAAUGGCGGCGAUGGCCGCAUGUCCAGUCCCACAUUGCGCUUCCAAAUGGGUAAAACAACGCGCAAUCACGCAAGUCGCCACUACCGCAGUGGCCUUAACACAGUGUUAGUAGUUAGUUUGUUGUACCUUAUCUCAAUGUACCUAAACAAUAACUGAUUGACACUAUUGAGUACAUUUCGAAUGCAUUCAAUAUAAAUUCCGUCCAUUCUGCACUCGUUUAUGUAGUGGUGUAGUAUUAUAGCUCGAUAUACUUACAUAUUAAUAUGUAUAUAAAAACAUUUAACGAAAGCAUUCCAUCAAAUGUCUAUAUCCUACAAAAAAUGAAUGCAUUUUAUUUUAAGUUUACAGUUAUUUUUUAACAGCGCAACGAUUCCGUCUUUUUGUACAUACUUAUGUGUGCAAAUGAAUCUCACAAUUUUACGUAUAUUUAGGAUUUAGUUAAAUGUCUAUCAGCUCGAAUUGUAACUGUAGUAAUACAUAAUUCAAUCGAUCCAUACAUACAUAUUUUAUAUAAAUAAGUGGCCUUAUUAUGAUAGUUAAGCCAGAAAAAAAUUAAUGUGAGCGAAAUCUUUUAAUUACAGAUUAUCAAAAAACUGUAUUCCCAUUCAGAAUUAUAUUUAUGUAUACAAAAGUUAAAAAUAAAUUUAUUAAAUAAGUUUUUGUA